AUUUCAAUAAUUAUAAAGUGCAGCCAGUUAAAGACACGAAAUAAGUGAGUGUAAACUGUUAAUGUGACACCAAGCAAAAUACUCAACUCGAUAUAGAGUGUAUUUGUGGGUAUAGCCAGAAAUGUGCUGCUAAAUUCAAUUGUUAAUGUAAGGUUUGAGUGAUUUACAACAAUACGCUGCGUAAUUGAUGAGAGCAUAAAAAUGCAUUAAUUGCAAUGGAUGAAGAAGCGGACAAGCAUUGUUUUAAAAUACCACCGAACAUGGCCAAUGCUCGGCAGGAGGGUUAUGGCAACAACAACGACGGCAACAAGAUUUCGAUGCCGUCGCAGUCGGCAGAGAAAUCGGGAACACCGCCCAAGCGGAUUAUCAAUAAAAUACCAUUGGAUUUCAACAAACUGAAGCAGUCGGGCUUGCAUCGAACACUGGCAGAGGCAUUGAGCAAACACAAUUUGCAUGCAGCCAAAAAUAUUGCAUCAGGCGGAACAGCGGGGCAAGUCUACGCCUCUGCCCCAGCGCUGCCAACUGAGGCGGCAUCUGCAACACAAACCCAACAACAAAUGCAGCAACUUCAAACUGCUCCAUUGUCAGCUGGGAGUAAUAAGCCCAUGCAUUUUGCAACCGCCGAGGAGCAAUCGUUGCACAUAAAAGCGCUGAUCAAAAACAAAAUAUUGAACAAAGCUAGAAAUUCGCCAGUAAGGCAACAGCCAACAGCCACAGUAACAGCAUCAACAGUGACCAGCGUGGGUGCUGGUCAAUCGGACGGUUUUACGGUGCCCCGAGCUAAAGCCGAUUUGAUAGUGCAAUCAAAGCCGCCGCUUUUGCUUAACCUGGUAAAUCAGCUGCCGAAACAUCGUGCCAUGUGUGGAGACAGCCGAGCACAGCCAAGGCGGCAACUGGAGCCACCAACACCAGCACCAUCCCCACCACAGCCACCAAUUACACCACUCGCACGAACAACGUUGGUAUCAUCUCCACCACCACUGAUUGUGCUCGAGCACAAAGUAUUGGCGCCAGAUGAGAAGAUCGAUUUGAGAGCCUUGCGUCUGCCAAACGGUCAGCCAGCCACAGAUAACAGCCAUGUGGACAAGCCAAAAAUGGUAGCCCCAAGGAAGCCCACGGAAAUGCCCAAAACGACACUCGGCAAACUGCAAGCGUCCACGGCCAAGAAGAUUAUACUAAAUGCCAAUAAGCUGAAGCUGCCGCGUGAGCAGCUGGCCCAGUUGGCCAAGGAGGUGCGCAAACAGGCGAUGCAGCAACAAUUGCAACAGCCAAGUCCCAAUAUGCAGCCAGUGCUAAUUCCCACCAAUGUGGCACAAUCAACAAAGUUUCGCACUGAAACGUGCACCAGUUCUGUGAUAGCCUCCAGCAGUCGCAUGUCGCUGAUGAAUCCAAUUGCAGCCCUAGUCCCGCCCACAACAAAUAUUCACGCAUCAUUGAUAACGCCAUGCGUUGAAACUGCCACCAGUCCAAAGGCAAAGGUAACAGCGCCCAUCAGCAGCGAUGAGCCAACGGUUGGGAAAACUGAACUCUCCGCGGUGGAUUUCAUAGCACAGUUGACUGCAAGACGUGCCAUCGAUCCAACUAACUAUACGGAACUGUCCGAGGAGGAGCUGAGCAUGAAUGCCAAAUUUGGUUGCAGCCAAAUGUCUGUGCCGCGUCCAGUCUCUGUCAAAGUGGAGGAGGACUUGCCCAUUGGCAAGAUACUGCAGAUGCAGGACAUGGACAUAUUGCAUGCCACACUGAAUGUGAACGGCAAUGAGCCGAACGUCUUGUCCAUUAGUCCAAAUGCCAUCAAAUUGCAGAGCAGUCUGCAGCCCGAGGAAACUAAAUGUCUCAAUACUGAUAAUUCGGACAAAGACACCAGUAACGCAGCAUCGAAGGAUGAACCAUUGAAAGUAACCACUCCGAAACAUGUAUAUAGCAAUGCCAAAAGAAAGAGUGUUUUGUCAAAGCCACCAACUUUGGUCGUAACUGUGCCCACUGAGGUUGUGGCUACCAACGAUGAGCAAGCAGUUAAAGUGCCUUCGCCCAAGCAGCUGGAGGAAGAUAACCAGAACGCCAAAUUGGUGCCAUUUAGACCCAAAAAGGGGAAAGUCAAUUUAGUGCAACGCACCAAGCGAUCAAGUAUAUCCAAAGCGAAUGAGCCAAUAGCCGAGAAGAAAACUGAAGAAACUCACCAAGCACCUGAGCAAGCUGAAAUUGCUGAAAGUAUUACUCAACGGCCAACGGACAAACUGACUGAAGACUCAGAAACUGAAAAAUCAGCUAAGAUAUCAGUUAAUAUAGACAAUGAAGACUUGGCUCCGACUAUGGAUAAUGGCGUGAACAUAGCAAAUGUGGUUAAGACAACGGCUAGUGAAAUCGUAAUCUCGAACCACACAGGACCUGUGAUAACUGAAGAAACUGCAGAGGGAAAUCAAUCCGUGGAGAUUCAAUCCGUCAAAGAAAGGGACCUUACACAACUAUAUCAUCCACCCAAACUGCCGAAGCAGAAACUACAAAAUCAAAGGGACAACAACAAUGAGGUGAUUAGCAAAGAAGAACUGCCAGAUACACCACAACCAGCCGUAUCUCUGUUGGAAGUGCUGGCACAGGAGCCACCGCCAGCGCAGGGCGAAGCUCAAUUGCCAUUUCGAAGCAGCGAACAAGCAGCAGUGGCCACGAAAGCGAAUACCCUGGAUGGUAAUGCUGUGCAAGGUUUGGGUAUUCAAAAUCUGUUACAGCAUUUGGCAGCUGAGAAUGUGGUGGUGCCGGCCAGCAAAGAGCCAGUUAAGUCAGCGCCCCGGAAGAAACUGGUGAAAACACGACCAGUGCUCAGCGCCAAGAGGUCAACAAAAGCACUUGAACCCAAGACGGAAGCAGUAGCAUCAGCAGCAGCAGAAACAGCUCCCAAGCAACUGAAAGCAGUGCAUCCUCGCAAAAGAGCGCUGCUAGCGGAGACCAACACAAACGGUUCACAUCGUGUACUGACCUCUAGCACCAGUGAUGACGACAGCGGCAUGUUUCAUGGCUUUGAAAAUGAAGCAUCGGCAAACACGCAAUUAAAGAGUAACGAAACGGAUAUUAGCGAUGAUGCCACGCCCGAUUAUGAUGAGGCGGAGGACGAGCCACAGUUAAACACAGUAUCGUUGCCGGCCAAGAAGAUAAAGACUGAAUCUGCUGCUCAAAACAAGCAGGAUGAAACCAGCCCUAAGCAGUUGGAGGUGGAGAAGGUAAAAGGUAUUGAAAUAAUAAAGUUGGUGCCUGAUCCUGUAGAGAAUGCGUCGAACACAAACUGUGAAAUGCAGGACUCCAAAUUACAAGACAAGAGCCAGCGUGAUGUAAAAGAAAAUGAAGAAAAUAAUGAGUCGGAAACAGCGGCGGAGAAAUUGGAAAAUGAGCAGCAAGUAAAUACAAAAAUAUCUGCAGAAAUGCCGGAGCAACCCGAAGAUAUUGUGAUAACGAAUGUGCCUAAGAAAAGGGCGCCCAGGAAAGCCACUCAAAUGCAGGAAUCAGAAUUGCAAAACAAGCGAAAACGUUCGCGUCACAGUACUGUGAAAGCAAAAGAAGAAGACAACGAGUCAGAGUCUUCGAUAACAGCAAACCCGGCGCAAACAGAAAGUGCUGAAACCGAGAAAGAGUCGACUGCAAUUCGGGCGGACAACGUUGAGACAAAAGAUGCGCCGGGAUCACACAACAAGCGAAAGCGUCCCCGUCACAGUGAUGUAAAGGAAAAAGACGGAACGACUGAGUCGGAAUCGACAGAAACCCUAAAAGGGGAAACCCCAGCAAACGGAAAAAAUGAGACAGAAUCCUUAAUAAUGGAAAACACGAGUCUACCUACGGAAAAUACGAAAAAGGAGGAAGUAGUUUCGACUGCAGUUGAGCUGGACAAUAUUGAGAUGAAGGACGAGUCGGAAUCACAAAACAAGCGAAAACGUCCACGUCACAGUAAAGUGCAAGAAAAAAACAUUGCAUCUGAGUCGGAAUUGCCAGAAACCGUAAAAGGGAAAACUCCAGCGAAAGCGAAUACGAAUCCGGCAACAGAAAGUGUGAAAGCCGUUGGCACGAGAAGGCGAGGACGACCCCCAAAAGCAGGCGUAAGAGCUGCACCAGUAAACACCACAGUCACAUCAGAUGCAUCCGAUUUGCUGGAUCCAUCGGAUUCAGCCCCUGAAGUAGACACACCCAAACGAGGGCGAAGAAGCAUGAGAGCACAACUGGUAAACACCUCCACCCCGGAACCAGUGACGCCAGCAGCGCACAAGCGACGUGGUCCCAAGGCCGAACCAACACAAUUCCUGACCCCAGAUCAGCUAACCAGCUGCAGCGAGUCGAUCAGCGACUUUGAUUCGCGUUUGCUACUCAUACGCAAACGCGAGCAAUUGAACAGCGAGGAGGAGUUGCGGCAAGAUGGCUGUGGCAAGGGCAAUAAACAAUGUGGCCUGUGCCUCGUGCGCUUGGAUAACUGGCAGCAGCAUCUGGGCGAUCAUUACGGCGUCGGAUGGCUGGUGGGAGAACCUCAACCGGUGUUGACACGCAAAGUCGUCAUUAGAAUGAUGAAGGCUUAUAUCGAUGCGGGCCAUAAGCGUUUGAGCUGUCGUCUCUGCGAUCGGAGUCUGACCACCGGCCUGGGCAUGCUGCUACAUCUGGAGAGCUGCGGCGUCAAGGAGCGCAUUGUCUGUCCGGAUUGCGCCGGCAGCUAUACUAAAUUAUCAUUUCCAAAUCAUUGUCGCACCUGCCCCAUGCGGCAGCGUCCGCCCAGCGAGGAGAAGAUUGAAACCGAGAUGGUAUCGGAUGAGACACCAGUUUACAGCAAUGCGGGUCGCUUUAAACGCAAGUCCACAUUAAAAGCCGAAUCGAAGCUAGUUAAAAUUGCUGCCCAGAUGAAAAAACAGUGCUUGGAUGAACCCGAAAGCCGUAAGAAAACCGAUGGCAAUGCAUCCGAUUAUGACAUCGGCGCUGACAAUGAAUCGUCUGACGAAUAUGAGUCGGAAGGUGUGGAUUCCAAUGAGGAUGACACAUCUGUGAAUUCGUCCCUAGUUAGGCCAACGCACAUCACAAACAAAUCGAGAAUAAGCCAAAAGACUCUGUAUGGACGUAUAAAUGUGGAAACGGUGGCAGAAGAUCGUUGGAAGCAUUUCGCGAAACAUAAUUAUGCAACAGGCGUUUUAUAUCCGCAUCUAUUGCCACGCUACGAGAAGUUAUUGCCUGAGGCUGCCAGUUGUCUGCUGCCCUCUAAGGAGACCACCUCCAUGCGCUUAGCCUAUGGUAAGGUGGAUGACAACGCUUGGAUGCAGCUGGCGCCAUUCGAGGGAUUCAAUAAACAACAUGAAUAUAUAUGUUAUGUGGGUGGCGCUGUCAAGGAGCUAGCAUGGGUUCCUCUGCCCCCGACAGUAGAUACGCAGUACCUAUUGUGUUCCCAGCGCAACAGGAUGAAUAGCUUUGCGCGACAUUCUAAAGAUAAACAGGAAGACGCCCUGCUGUUGGUCUUUGAAUGCAAAAUGUCGCCAGCUGGUGUCGACAAUAUCUGGCCGCUGCAGAUGCGCCUACAUUAUGGCAUUUCUCUUGCCCAGGACUCAGUGCAUAGUAUAGCACUUAUGCCCAGCGGUGGUUAUGAUGAGUCCACAAAUCGAUUAGGCCUUUUGGCCGUCGCCAGCUCAUCGGGAACUGCUAUUUUCGCUCUGCCCUUACAUCUGGCAGGCUGUGAAAAGGCCGGUAAAAUUAAACCAGAUGCUGUAAUUGCAUUGGAGCCGUUGCUUACACUCACUCUGGAUAUAGAAAAUCCUGUGAAGGAUCCGUGCACUAAAAUUUGCUGGUCUGAGAGUUCUGGUCACAAUUUGUUAGUGAGUGGCUAUGCCAGCGGUAACGUUGCUUUUUGGGACAUUUCCGACGAACAGGGACUCAACUGCUUUGAGCGGAAUAAUCGUCGUCAUUUUCUACCCGCAAACAUAUUUUACUUUGGCGAGCGAAAUAUAAAUUAUUUGGAGCUGCAUUAUGACACAAACGGACCACGUUGGCUGGCCGUCGGCGCCUUGGUGCGUAAACUAUGGAUCUAUGACAUAUCGAACUGGUCGCAGCCAUUGCCAAUUGUUGGCGAUACCAUACAAAAUUUAUUUUUGGGUGGUGUAAACUGGCCGCCUCUGUGGGAUUCGUUGGUCGUUGGUGCAACCGAGCUGUACAAGUAUCAAUAUCCACGCUUGAUAACACUAAAUCCUUCGGGUAUUAACUUUGAUCACGGGCCGCUGGAUGCGCUGCUUAGCAGUCCGCGUGCAGUGCAUUUUAAUUGGGAUCAAGUGGCACUUGUCACAGUAACCGAUAACGGUGAUAUCACAUUCAUACAAUCUAAUCAACUAAAUAUGGAAUCUCAGUUACAAAAACGAACCACAAAGUGCCGCACUGUAUGUGCAACAGAGGCAUGUUAUUUGAAUGGCACUUCGGAGCCAGAUUCCGUAAGCCCGGAUGUUUUUAGACGAGACUAUGGCCUGUUGCUGAAGCCUCUAACAAAUGUUCCCCACGCAAAGAACACAACUUAUCGAAACUCCAGGAUACAAAGCGGUUUUGAAUUGUUAAGUCUCACGCGUCUCAAUUGUGUGCGUUGGAAUUGGAACCAAUGCGCACGUAACUGGAUAGCUGUGGGUGCUGAGCACGGCCUAUUACGAAUCGUCAACUUUGAUCGUACCAAACACUUUACGAUAAUUUAAGGAUAAUAUAACUAAGAUGUUUGCUUUCUAAGAAGUUACCGUUACUGAAGUUUUUCGCUUUAGCAUAACCUUUGAAUAAUUUGUAAUAAUUUAUUGAUAGCUGUUAUGGUGAUUGACACAGAAGAUGUAUAUAAAAAUAUAGA